GCGGGGCGGGGCCGCGGCCGCGCACGGGGCGCGGGGCGAGCGGCCACCGUUGUUGCGCCUGCCGGCCGCAGCUGCCGGGGGCGUUCGGCUCGGCCCGGCCCGGCCCGGCCCGCGGCGGCGACAGCGACAGGGGAAGCGGCUUUGGCUGGUGUCUGAAAGCCCCUGGGUUGAGGUGGUGGUAAGAAGUAGCGGAGCCCUGCCGGGCGGGGGGGAGAGGCAGUGCGGAGGGCCAGGCUCUGGCUGUCAGCGGGAAACUGCUUCUCCUCGGCGGCAGCGGCAGAGAAAGUGCCCCGGCUUCAGCGGUUUAGUGACGACUUUGUGCCUUCAGAGGGGACUUACGCUCCACAGGGUUGUGUUUGUAGUCUUGUGCGGCUGUUGGGGAGUUGAUCCUUCUUAGCAGGGAAACUCUCCUCACUUCCUUUUUUAGUUAGCCGGAGCGAUAAUCCGCAGCACAGGGACCGGUUUACAGCUGGAGGCUAGCGGUCUGUUUUAAACAUAUCGGAAAACGUUUCAGUUGGGGUGCCGGGAAGGCUGGUUUGAGCGAUGCCCCAUGACUCCCUCACAGGCUUCUCGGGCUGAGUUUCCUCGAAGAAUCCUCCCUUGUGGAGGCACCGACCUGCCGGGCUGGUGUCGUAACUGCUGAAUGACCUGGCCUUACAGCAACUGGCCACGAAAAGGAAUUUCAAAAAAGCUUCAGAAGCCACUUGGAUCUGUGUAGUUUUCUACUAGUAUAUCAGUGUGUUACUUACUGUCGUCGUUGCUGCGUUGCGACUCUCCUGCAUUACUGCUAGCUGUAGGGAUGGGAGUGCCGUUCAGGUGUAAGUGGAAGACUACCUUCAGUAUAACCUUUGUACCCUGAUAUGUCAUCUCGUUUAACUAAGUCAGCUGUCCUCAUGACUGCUCCUCAUAAUAUAGCUUAGGAGGAUAUAUUUUAUGGUAUUUUGUUUGCUACUUCUGAUCUGAGUUCUUUAGUAUUGGUGUACUACAGAGAUAACUCAUGGUGGCGUGAUGUCCCCCCACAUCCCUGCCCCUUUCUUUUGUCAUUUAAGUUUCCUGUUUUGAAUCAACUUUUGAAACUGCGUUCCCAGGUUAUUCUCCCAGCCGUAAUGGAUAUUGCAUUAAUUUUUCGAGAGCAGUAAGUUAAAUUCAGGUAGUUCAGGUAAGAGGACUUCCAAGAGCCAUAUUAACAAGAGAAGAAUUUGGGUAUAUUAUUUUUUAAAAAUAGUACAGAAAAAGAUCCCAAAAUGCUUCUCAUUGACUUCUCCAUGUCUCUUGUAUAUAGGCAACUAGGAACACAGUUGCAGACAAAACUGCAUUUUUUCAUGUACUUUUCAAUGCUUGGAUAGUUAGUUUUUUUGUGAUAGAAACUUUAAACCACUUACGCAUUUUUCCGGUACGUUAUGACUCCAUAACCCUGGGUGGGUCCAAAGGAGAUAAGGACUUCCUGGAUCUCUUAGUUCUGGAACGCUGUGGUCCAUAGUUGAGCUGGGGCUGCGGUGAAGGUGGCCGUGGUAGAGGUUGUUCCAGAUCAGUCCGUGAAACACACGGGACCCCCAAGGGCAGGAAUUGCUGUGGGCAUACAGGUGAAGAUGCAGGAGCCUGAACUUAUUGCAAAAACACUACGAGCUGUUCUUCAUCCCUUUAAGAAUGGCAUACCUUUGUCAGAGCUUCAGAGUGAAUACAGAUCUCUGACUGGCGAGUUGAUUCCCUUCAGGCAACUAGGACAUGGCACACUGGAGGGCUACCUGGAGAGCAUCCCAAGAGUGGUCAGAAUGGAAGGGAACAAAAUGGGAGAGGUCAUUUGCCAUGCUGUUGCUUGCAGCGAGACUUUCCCAAUUGCUCAACUGGUGGCCCGGCAGAGAAGUUCCAAGAAGAAAAUGGGACGGCAAGUGAACUGUCAGAUGAGACUGAAGAACACGUCUCCAGUCACAUUAGCAGGAAAACCCAAAGGAACUUUGCGACAGCCCAGGCCUUUGAGUGUGCAAGAAGAAGGCAGCAAGAGGCCCGUUCCUCGCCUGUCACGAGGCAGAGGAGUGUCAUGUGAAGUGGUGAAACCCACUGUGGAGAGUGGCCGAUCUGCCUUGCCUGCAGCGGCUGGGAGUGGACCGUCUAAAGAAAUUCCCAUGCAGAGGCACGUCACUGUGGUAAACAGGCCUGAGAAGAGACUAACUGUCCCACCACGGUUUCAAAAGGAGUUGCAAGUUCACCUGUCCAGAAGCUCUUCCUUAGAUUCAAAUGAUAACCUGAAUAUAUCUGUUGCGGAGACACGUACUGUUGCCUCUGGCCCUCCUCCUACUCCUAUCCAUGAAGUUCAAAGUCGUAUUAAGGAGAUACUCAGCAAGUGCAGCAGUGGUGUUUGGGUAUCAAAGAUACCACAAAUCUACCGGGAAAUGUACUGGGAGGACCUUAGCACAACGGUGCUUCGUGAACUUGAGAACUGGCCUCAUGUGUGCACAGUGGAGAAAGUACACAGAGGUGAUCAGAUGGACGGGCUUCUUUAUCCUGCCAAGAAAAUACCCCCGAUAGCAAAAAGUGAUACAGAGCAAGAAAAGGCAUCUCAGAAUGUUACAUCCCCAAAAGCAGACCCUUUGUUAAAGCCAAAUAUGGAGACCACAUCUGCACCACUUAGUAGUGACUUAAAGCAGAAGGUUGUUAACAUCUUGAUGAAAUAUUCCAGUGGUCUUUGGGCUAAUGCACUUCCCAAAUUGUACCAAGACACUUACGCAGUAAAAUUUCCGGAAGACAUUCUGAAUAACCUAGAGUUGCUCUCAGAUGUAUGUGUAGUGGACUAUGUAUCUGAAGCUCCCAGAAAGGCCAUCCUCUACGCUAAACCCCAGAGAUGCGUUGAUGAAAAUCUGAAUGUCACUGCGAAGGUCCAGAGGUAUGAUGGUGUGAAGGCAACAGCAGAACAACAGUAUGAAGGAUCCAAGGACCAGUAUCCAGAAAACAUCACUGUUCCUCCUCUAACCAUUCCAUCGGAAGGAUCUGUGUCCGUCAUAGUGUUGGAACUGAAAAACACUAACGAGGUCCUAAUUAGGUAUGUCGGCAAAGAUUAUUCUUCUGCCCAGGAACAAAUGGAAGAUGACAUGAAAGCGUAUUAUAGUCAGAAUAGCACAGUAUCACUAGCUCAGUCUCCAAGUGUUGGGCAACUUGUUGCGGUACAUGCUGAAGAAGAUGCCUGGUUGCGUGCUCGGAUAAUUUCUCUAGAAGACAACAGGAUAAAGGUAUGCUAUGUUGAUCAUGGCUUCAGUGAGUUUGUUGAAAGCAACAGUGUGUACAAACUACAGAAACGGUUCACUUUGCUUCCAUUUCAAGCAGCAAAAUGUAAACUGGCAGGACUGGAGUUCUUCUGUGAUGAUCCUGUCCUGGUAAAGACUGUGGAAUCACAGACAUGCUCCAAGAUAUUUGCUGUGGAAAUACUGGAAAAGAGUGAUAUUCCUCUUCUUGUUCUCUAUGAUACUUCCGGCGAAGACGAUAUCAACAUCAAUGCUACUUGUCUGAAGGCAUUGUAUGACAAGUCCCUUGAACUGCAUCUAAAGGUAGAUGCACUAUAUACAAAUGUCAGAGUAACCACUGUUUUCUCUGACGGAAGCCUGUGUUGCCAAGUGCCAUCCAAAGGCUUGUCCAGACUUUCUGAAAUCUUGCAAAAACUAGAAGACUACUUCCAUUACAAGCAAACAUCUGAGUUUAAUGUAUCAUUACCUUUCUGUGGCAAAAUCUGCUUGUUUCUUUCCAAAGGAAAAUGGACACGUGUAGAGAUAAAGAUUAUUCAUACUAGACGGGCACUUGAUGUGCAAUUCUUGGAUACUGGAACAGUUGCAACUGUAAAAGUAUCAGAGCUUAGAGAAAUCCCACCACAAUUCCUGAGAGAAGUAAUUGCAAUACCUCCUCAGGCUAUAAAAUGCUGCCUAGCAGAUCUGCCUCCUAACACCGGCAUGUGGACUCCAGAUGCUGUACUGUGGCUGAGAGACACUGUAAUGAAUUGUCCUGAAUUUAGCAUGAAGGUGGCAAAGCAGGACAGUUCAAAGGGAAUUGUACACGUUUACUUGUUUGCUCCAAAGAACUUCCCAGACAUGGAUCAUAGCAUCAAUCGACAGAUCAAAAAUGCAGACUUGUGGAAGCACCAGAAAGAUGUUUUCUUGAGUGUUACACCCAGUGGGACUGGCUCCACAAAAGUGACAAGCGAUGCUCUUUCAGCUCUACGGUUAACUAGUGGAAGGCUAGAGAAAAGUUCCUCUGAUCCAGGCAGAGAACCCAGCAAUGUGGUGUCUAGCACUGCUGUGCCUCCGCCUCUACCUUUGUUAAAGACUGGUGAGCUCAUGGAUGUCUAUGUCCCAGUGGCCUGCCAUCCAGGUCACUUUAUUGUCCAGCCUUGGAAAGAGCUACAUAAUCUGGAGGCCCUAAUGGAAGAAAUGAUCUUGUACUACAGCAGGGCAGAAGAGAAACCUGUGAACAUAGAAAAAAACAAGCUGUAUGCAGCUAAAAUUGAAAAUCAGUGGUACAGGGUCAUAAUAAAAGGAAUUCUUAGAAAUGGGUUUUUGUCAGUAUAUGAGCUGGACUAUGGUAAACAUGAGUUUGUCAGCAUAGAGAACGUACAGCCACUCAUGGAUACGUUUAGAAAACUACCUUUCCAAGCCGUAACAGCCCAGCUUGCAGGAGUGAAAAGCCAGCAGUGGUCAGAAGAGGCAUCAAUAGUGUUUCGGAAUCUUGUAGAGAAGAAACCCUUGGUGGCACAGAUACAGGCAGUUAACGAAAGCACUAACUCUUGGGAUCGAAAAAUAGUGACCUUCCUCGUGGAUACAUCUCUUCCAGAUACUGAUAUUUGGAUUCAUGAUUUUGUGUCUCAAAGUCUUGUGGAAUUUUCAAAGGAUGAUUAAUUGCCACUUCUGAAAUGUAGCAGCUCAGAUUAUUUAGCAAUAAUAUAAGUAACAGGUUUUGAAGAGCAACUUAUUUACUACAUGGCCUUGGAGACAUAAAGGGGAUAAAACUUUAAAAUCUGUAUUCUGUGAAAAGGUUUUGUUUAACAAGUUUGGUUCUGUUGAUUUCAGUUGACUUUCUGAAAAUUUGCACUUUGUUUACCAUUGUAAUGCUAGAAUGUUUGGGUGAAAAUAUUAAAAAAAGUUAUUUAUCGAUAAACAA